AUGAGAGACAGAUGCCGGAGUGACACUGAUAGGGCCUGCUUAUCUUCAUUGGUGAUCCAGGGCAUGGACGCCAUGGGAAUAUUUAUUGCCUUCAUGCGUGCUCUUUGCAUUCUUUACAUGUUUUACAUAUUCGUAUAUGAAUGUACUUUCAUAUACUCCAAAUGGAAGUACAAGUGGAUUGAAAGAGAAUGGAGGUUAUUGGAAGCUGUUUUAGAAGAUUUCGAUGAAGUUUCACGGUGCGCAAAUCAGAUAACACAGGAAGCUAAUCAGCCUUUAGAUUCUGAGCUCAUUCAAGCUGGAAUAACCGUAAGACUGAAUGAAAGGGAGAAAAGCUGGAUGUCGGAAGCAAGAGAAGUGGUUUUGGAGGCAACAGGGUGCGUUCAAAGCUUUCGGAGAUUGAGAGAGAGAAAAGACUCUCCCAAUUGGUUGUUUUACAUGUUAGCAGAUCUGGUACCAAUGCUUGGUGUUGCCUUUCAGAUGAAGAGGCUGAAAAGUUUCUUUGGGAAGAAGGAGAUAUGUGCUGGUGACAUCUAUGAAUCGCUCGAACAGUCGAGGUCCAGGAUUAGAAGCCUGCAGGACAGAUCUAUUGUUGAUGGUCAGAUUGAACAUAAUUCUGUCAAGUCCAAGCCAUUACAUGAUGAGUUGAUUCCCUCUCUAAAGAAGAUCACUGAAGACCCAGACUUGAUGCAUGGAAUGAGGAAGCAAAUAAAAUCCGUCACUACGCAUUUACAGCUACUGCAUGCUUUCAUGAAAGAUUUACAGCCCCUCAAACUGGAAAGUAAAAUGGAAACGUCCUGGAUGACGAAAGCAAGUGAGAGCAUUGACAAAGCAAAAGAUGCCUUUGACAACAUCGAUGGACAACUAAAUCGGAGUCCGCUUCAAUUUUACAAUAAGUGGAUGGCUAGGAGGGCGCUUAAGAAGGAAAUGAGGAACAUUGGCACUUGUAUCUCUGAUCUCAUCGAAAUGAAGGAAAGAUAUGGAUUUAAAUUUAUCAGACGAGACUCGGCAAAAUCUGCUAACAUCCGAUCUCCUCAACAGCAAAACUUGCCAUAUCAGACAAUAGACUAUCGGGAUGUGAAUUCUGCUGUCAACCACAUUCGCUUCUGGCUGACUCAACUGCCUGUAACAAGCAAAGAAAGAAGAACUACCAUAUUUUUCCUCUGCAACCAGUUGGACAGCAUGUAUGAACUUUUGAGAGAUCAAAAAGCACUGUAUGCUAGUAAUUUUAGAAAUGCUUGCUUGACACAAUUGAAGGAGAUGGCUACUAAGAUAAAGCAUGACUCGAAAGUCUUCACAGAAGAUUCAGAAACAAAGCUUCCCUCAGCACUUACCCAAAUCACGGAGGUUGUCCAGCUUCUUCAAAGAUGCAUGAAAGUAUAUUCCAUUGAGGUAAGGGCCGAUUCAUGCUCAGCAGUUGGUUUGGAAGAAGACAUACACCAACUGGUCUUGCAACUGACUGAUAACAGUAAACAUCGUUCUAUCAUUUCCAUUGUGGGGAUGAAGGGCAUCGGUAAGACAACCUUGGCAAAGAAAGUUUAUAACCACACUACCAUCGCCAACCAUUUUGAUUUUCAACAUUGGGUGUCUUUACCUCAAGAGUCUGAUGAAAAUGCACUUUUGACAAGUGUUGGAAACCAGAUCCUCGGGACCAAAGAGCAACAGAAUGGCAAAGACUACUGGAUCAAGAAAGUGCGUGCUUUCUUGAACGAGAAGCGAUACCUUGUAGUUCUGGACAAUGUUUUAUCAAAUGAAGCCAUCUACGCUCUCAAACCAGCAUUCCCAAAAUUGACAAACGGGAGCAAGAUUGUGCUCACCACUCGCAAAAAGGUCAUCGCUUCAAAUGCUGAUCAAAAUAGCAUUCCCCACGAACUUAGGCUCCGAACGAAAGAAGAGAGCUGGCAAUUUUUCACCCAGAUGGUGCACAUUAGUGAGACGGAAACUCUUGUGAAGGAAGUUGUAGAAAGAUUAGGUGGAGGCUUACCAAUUUCCAUCCUACGUCUUGCGUAUUUUCUGUGGGAGAAGAAUGUGACAUCUGACAAACUAGAGAAGCUUAUGGGUACCCGUCAGGCACAGAACGUGAUGCCAUGGUUAUAUAACCUGGCAGCGAAUACAGAGUUGCAGUUCCACCCAAUUAUGAGUAAAUGCUUUUCGUACUUCCAACUCUUCACUAGGGAUUUCGAAAUCCCUGUGAGGAGAAUAGUCGCUUCAUGGAUUGCACAAGGGUUGGUACAACUUAGAGGAGAUGAUCAGACGACUCUUGAAGAUAUUGCAUACAAGUAUCUAAUAGAGUUGAUUGGAUGUAAUAUGAUUCAAGUAGUUCAAAGAAAGCCUAAUGGGAAGGUCAAGACAUGUUGCUUGCCUACUACUGUGCGAAAUCUCUCAUUGAAAGCCAUAGGCAAUACCACAAAAACUCAGUCAUGGUCAAAAACAAGUACAAGGGAUAAAGGUCAACUUGCCUAUCAUUUUGCUGAUAAUGAUGCCAGUUUCCAUCACAUUCAUCGUCUCAGCCUAAGUUUGCCAAAUGUCAUGCAAAACGAAAGCUAUCCCAACUCGAUUCUCUUUGUUGAUGCUGCAGAAGGAAAUACACUGAGAGAGGGAAUAAAUAUAUUUCUUCAAAAGGGCAUUGCUAAUGGUUUCUUCGGACAGCUACAGGUUCUAGACCUUGAACGUGUAUUCAGACCUAAGUUGCCGAGGAACAUAGGAAAAAUAAAGCAUCUGGCUUAUUUGGGCUUAAGGUACACUAAGUUGGAGACGAUCCCAUCAUCUGUGGGAAACUUGGUGAACCUCAAAACUCUAGAUUUGAAGGAUACUUGUCUCCAAACAGUCCCUAGUUCAGUAUGGAAGCUGAAGAAACUUCGGCAUCUAUACUUGAACCAGCUUUGUACGCUGCCUCAACUAACUGACCUUUCCUUGAGCAAUCUGCAGAUAUUGUCAGGUGUGCUGCUUGUGAGUAAGCGCAGUCCAUUGAAGGAUGGGCUCUCCAAGUUGAAAAACCUUCGGAAAUUGAGAUUAUCAUUCCAGCUCGAAGAGCCAGAGCAAAAGGUAUUGGCAACAUCAAUUUUGCAGCUGACCAACUUACAGUCUUUGAAGUUAUCGAUUUAUGAUCCCAACAGGGAGGUACCUCAGAUCCUGAAACUAGGGCGUCUCUCAGCCCUUACAAAACUGUCCAGCCUACAGUUGUUUGGAAAGCUUGAAAUACAGUCCAUCAUAAAUGAACUUCCCAAAAGCCUCACUCAUCUUACCUUAUCUUCCUCUGGAAUUGAACAAGAUCCAAUGCCAAAGUUAGGAAAGCUUCCAAACCUUCGAUCACUGUCUUUGUACUCUGGUUCUUAUCAAGGAACAGACAUGGUUUGCUUCAAGAAGGGAUUUCCCCUGCUUCUAGUUCUAAAGCUUUCAGAGCUAGUUAACCUGGAGAAAUUGGAUAUGCAAGAAGGAGCAAUGCAAAAUAUUAGGAACUUAGAGAUUAGAUCCUGCACGAAAUUGGCCAUCAUUACUGGAUUGAUGCAUUUAAGGACCCUCCAGGAAUUUAAAGUUAACUAA